CCAAAGGAUUUAUACCCCGAAAAAGGACUUGGUACAGUAGAUAAGAUGAAACAGAUAAAUCUGCCAAGCUAGGCCAGAUUCUUUCAUUUCGGAGACUGAUAAUGGAAACAGGCUUCAAACAUCUGGGACUGGGACAGCUCUUUUUGCUGCUUUCCCUUCAUUUUCAUCUUCAUCUUCUUCCUGCACUUGCUCACAAUUCCUUGGUCGCAGACCUCAAUCAAGAAAAAAAUGUUAGAGAAACAAUAGUACCAAAAAACUUGUCACUCUCAGUCGAACCGGGAGACAAACACGAGAUCAAAGCCGUAGAAAGGCGUGGUGGAGCUGUUGCCGCCCAUGGCGGAGGAGGAGCUCCUGGUAACGGCGCAGGCGAUGCUGCUGGGGAUAAUGGUGGAGGGACAAAGUCACCCGAUGUGCCGGGUAGAGGCGGCGCUAUAGACCAUAACCGUUAUCACCAUCAUGGGUCUAGCAGUGGCACCUUUAACUGCAUUGGGUCGAGUUGCUUGGUUUUAACCCUCUUCACCACUUUCUUUCUUGAAUUUUCUAUAUAGCAUCUGAUCUCUCUACUCUCUUUCUUUUUUCUGUUUGUAAGGUUUGUAUAAUCUUUGGUGUAUAAUUAGCAAAUGAAACUUUAAAUAUGUAAAGCCUUUUUUUUAAGUUUUAAGAGUACAAAAUGUGAACAUGGUACUAUAAACAUCUGCAUUGCAUAAUUGCGUUAAUCACAUGGUAUUUUGGUACGUCGGACCUUUCAUAAAACUCCUUUCCACAUUGUAAUUGAGCUCCGAUAUCGGUCCAUUAUUUGUACGUUUUUUCCACGUGUCUCAACCUCCUAAAACCAUGGUUUUUGACAGCUCCGCACGUGAUUAUUUUCGUCAUUUCUUCAAUUACAAAAACAUCCUUACAAAAUUCACGAACAUGGUCAACCGAUUGCAAGGACAAUUCUGUAAUUGCGUACCAUUGGCCUAGCACCUAGCCGUCUAGUUCUCUCUCUUUCCCAUCCGUCGCUCUCUCACUCCAUUUCUGAAUUUCCGAAGAAAAGAGUGAGAAAAGGUUCUUCUGUAGUUUCCAUCGAAACCCAUGGGCAAAAAGGUAAAAUGGAGCUGGACUUCCGCAUUUAUCGGAGCAGCCUCAGCGACGGCAGCGGUUGCUCUCCUCAGCGCGAAACCGAAAGACCCAACUUUCCACCUCAUCUCCAUCAACCUCACUUCCUUCAAGCUCAACCUCCCCCACAUCGACGCCGAGCUAAUCCUCACCGUCCACGUCACCAACCCAAACAUCGCGCCGGUCCAUUACUCUUCCACCACCAUGUCCAUCUUCUACGAAGGAUCGUUACUAGGGGUGGCUCAGGUGAAAGCUGGGUCGCAGCCACCCCGGUCUUGCCAGCUGCUGAAGCUGCCCGCUCGGCUGGACGGGGUGGAGUUGGCUCACCACGCGGGGAAGUUUUUUGCUGACGUGGCGAAAAGAGAGAUGUUGCUGGAUGCUAAGGUGGAUAUUGGCGGUACGGCUAAGGUGUUGUCGUGGGACCAUAGGUUCAAAGUCCACGUGGAUAGUCACGUUACCGUUGAUCCUGUUUUUCUUGAUGUUAUUGAUCAGGAAAAUAAAUCCCAGUUGGAGCUUUUCGUUGCUUGAUAAUUGUAUGCUCUAACUUGUAGUACCAUGGUUUUGCCUUUGAUUUGUGGUAAUUUAAAUGCUCAAUGAUGUCAAAUUUUUCCACUUUUAUUAAGAAAAAUCGCAAAAUAGUAUUGUUAGCU